AUGCCGGGUCCAGAGAUGGAAAUGCCCGAACCCGCUUCAACCGAGCCAUUCAAGUGGACUGCCGGGAAGAUAGUUUUGAGCAUAUUCCUCUUUCUGGUUGCAUCAGUGGCAGAGAUCGGUGGAGGCUGGCUCUGGUGGCAGACUCUGCGGGAAUCAAAGCCCUGGUGGCUCGCUGUUCUAGGUUCGGGCGUGCUCAUCCUGUACGGCGUCAUACCAACCUUUCAGCCCACAGACAAUUUUGGAAGGAUCUACGCCGUGUACGGUGGAUUCUUCAUCAUCAUGUCAUACUUGUGGGGCUGGGCCAUCGACAAGCAGCGCCCUGACACUGGCGAUUGGAUCGGGACGGCGAUUGCGCUCGCAGGCUCGGCCGCCGCGUACAUCGAGGAGCACAACAUCCAGAAGGUCGUCGAGGAGGUCAUCAAUGCCACCAUCAAGGCCAAGCCCUCCAACCCCUUCUCCUUCAUGGCUGACGAGGUGCGCAAGCAGGCCCCUGCUGCCAUCACCGCCGUGCACGCCCGCCAGAUUUACGAUUCCCGCGGCAACCCGACCGUCGAGGCGGAGGUGACCACCAGCCUGGGAGUAUUCCGCGCCGCGGUGCCCUCCGGCGCCUCCACGGGCGUGCACGAGGCCGUGGAGAUGCGCGAUGGCGACAAGAGCAAGUACAUGGGCAAGGGCGUGCUCACGGCGGUGGCCAACGUGAAUGACAAGAUCGCCCCCGCCGUCAUCGGCCUGGACCCCCGCGAGCAGGAGAAGGUGGACCAGACCAUGCGUGACCUGGACGGCACCCCCAACAAGGCCAACCUGGGCGCCAAUGCCAUCCUGGCGGUCUCCCUGGCCGUCGCGCGUGCCGGCGCCGCCGAGAAGGGUGUCCCCCUCUACAAGCACAUCGCCGACCUGGCGGGAAACACCAAGCUGGUCCUUCCCGUGCCCUCCUUCAAUAUCAUCAACGGCGGCUGCCACGCCGGCAACGCCCUGGCCUUCCAGGAGUUCAUGAUUAUGCCCGUCGGCGCCUCCAGCUUCGCCGAGGCCAUGCAGGUGUACCACCACCUGAAGUCCAUCAUCAAGAAGGAGUAUGGCCUGGACGCAGGCAAUGUGGGCGACGAGGGUGGUUUUGCCCCCCCCAUCCAGUCCACCAUCGCGGGGCUGGAGCUGGUGGUGAAGGCCAUCGAGGCUGCGGGGCACACCGGCAAGAUCAAGAUCGCCAUGGACGCGGCGGCCAGCGAGUUCUACGACGAGAAGAGCCAGACCUACGACCUGGCCUUCAAGUCGGAGCCCAACGACGGCUCCCAGCGCAAGAGCCAGGAGGAGAUCCGCGCCUUCUACAAGGAACUGGCUACCUCCUACCCCAUCAUCUCCAUCGAGGACCCCUUUGACCAGGACGACUGGGAGACCUACGCUGCGCUGACCGCCGACCUGGACGUCCAGAUCGUGGGCGACGACCUGCUGUGCACCAACCCUGUGCGCGUGCAGAAGGCCAUCGACACCAAGGCCUGCAAUGCCCUCCUGCUCAAGGUCAACCAGAUCGGGUCGGUGACCGAGUCCAUCCAGGCCGUCAACCUGUCCAAGAGCGCUGGGUUCGGGGUCAUGACCUCCCACCGCUCGGGCGAGACCGAGGACACCUUCAUCGCCGACCUGGCCGUCGGGCUGGCCACCGGCCAGAUCAAGACGGGCGCGCCCUGCCGGUCGGAGCGCCUGGCCAAGUACAACCAGCUGCUGCGCAUCGAGGAGGAGCUGGGCGCCGACGCGGUGUACGCCGGCGAGAGCUGGAGGUUCAUCGCCAACGCCUGA